AUUAACUUUUUUUUCCUACCCGUUUGGUAAGCCGCUAAGUCUCAGUGGUUACGGUAUAAACGUUGCCAUAUCUGUGCUACCAACAGUUUUAAAGGCAAAUAAAUUAAAUACUAGAUUAUCAAAGUAUUAACGAUGAAUUCAAGUGAAGCUUGUCUGUAUUCAUCAGGACGAAGAGCGCAGAAAGCAUCAGUUAAGUAUUUUAUGCCAGAUAUCAGUAUUAAUGAAAGCGAGAAAGUUCUUGAUAUAGGUUGUGGUAGUGGAGAUUUAAUUUAUGAGAUAGGGACCCGUGCUUAUAGUGCCAUAGGUAUUGAUAUUUCAAAAGAUAUGAUCGACGUUGCAAGACAAAAAUAUCAACGCUCAAACGUGACGUAUGAAAUUGCAGACGCUAAAAACUUUGUCGAAACUUUCCAAAGUGGAAGGGUACAUUUGAUAAAGUUGUUUCAGUCCAUGCUUUACACUGGGUAG